AUGCCUCCCAUUUAUUACUGUUGCGUGUGGUACUUCAUCUUCUGCGGCGGACUCGCGGUCCUUAUUCCGUACCUCCCGGUGAUAUUCCGUCACUGGAAUUUAUCGCCGUCGCAAAUCGGCAUCAUCGCGGCGUGUAAACCUUUAAUAGGAUUCGGCAUUCAACCAAUGUGGGGGCAGAUUGCGGAUUACACGAAACUGCACAGCAAAAUACACGCGUUUUGCUUAUUCGCGUCCGCGUGUGGGUACGGAAGUCUUUAUUUUCAAAAGAGAGAGUUUGGGAGAAUAUUAGCGCACGUUUUGGUGACGGAAACGUUCGGCUCGGGUGGCUUUUUCUUGGCGGAUAACGCGACGAAUUUUAUGGUAUCGAAACAUCUCGAGCGGAAUCCGAGAAGUUCGAUAUCGUACGGGAAGGUGAGGUUGUGGGGUGCCGUAGGAUGGGGGUACGUUUUCGCGCCGCUGAUGGGAUUGGUGUUGACGGAGGAGAAGAACGCGCAGUUCGCGCCAUUUUUGGCGUACGUUAUUCUGUUUUCGAUGGCGAGCGCGAUUGCGUUGAGGAUGGAGCAUCACGAGAAGACAGUAGCGGACGAAGGAGACGAUGCAGAGAUUGUGGUGAUGAAUGACGACGAAGGCGAAAACGAAAGGAUGGUGGGUGUCGCGAGUAGCAGUAGUCGUAAUCGCGGUGGUGGUGGCCGCGGCGGUAGGGUUGGUGCGGACGGCACUCCUUCGAAAAUGAAACGAACUGCCUCGUUCGCCGAUUUCAACGACGUCUCCAAGCGCACGUUUCGAAUCGUCACCGAACCGAGCGCGUUUUUAGUUUUCCUUUUGUUUUUACUCAUGGCGUUGAGUAUGGCAUUAACGGACACGUAUUUAUUCUUGCACUUGGAGACGUUAGGAGCGCCUCCAAUAUUGAUGGGUCUCGCGCUUUUCUUCACGUGUGUCGCGGAAGUGCCGGUGUUCUUUCACGAGAAGAAAAUUAAAGAGUUUUUAGGUUUAGACCGUUCGAUGUUACUUAUUCUCGUCGCGUACAUCUUUCGACAGUUGGGAUACGCGUCUUUGAAAUCGUUUGGGAGUCCGUGGUUCGUGUUGCCGUUACAAUUACUUCACGGCAUCACCUUUGGAUUGUAUUGGUCCGUAGGCGUUGAAUUCUCGCGGUUACUCGCGCCGGAAGAUUUACGCGCUGCGGUGAUGGGGUUCUUCUCCGGGAUGAACUCACUGGGAGCUUUUUUAGGCGCUAUUUGUGGUGGACGCGUGUACGAUAGAGUUGGUGGGGGAGGCUUGUUCUUCAUCGCGGCUGCCGGGAAUACGAUUUUAUCACUCGUCUUUGCGUUGAAGAUGGCGUUUGGAAAACGAGUCGUGCCGACAACAAACACGGUCGUCGAUAACAUCAUAGAAAUAGAUAUGAGCGGCUUUGUGAGAUUAGAAAGUAGCAUGCCGCCCUCGUCUUCUUUGAGCGAUGCAGGUGAAAGAGAUGACCUUGACAUUGAUAGGAGUAUUGAUAGUAGAAUCUAG